UGUUUUGUUCUGUUCCUGUGUUCUACAAAGUAAAAAUAAAUUUUAAUUGUAAACGAAAAACAUCAGUAUGUGUAAUGCGAACGAAGAUUUGGAUAAAAUAUGCGAAACGCUAGAUAAACUUACAUUAGAUGCCCUUUACUUAAUGCAGGAAGAAAUUGAUUUGAAAUUAAACAUCGAAAACGCAAUGUCGGGGGGCGAAGCCCAUUUAGCAAAGUCACGAUACAUUCUUGGCCUAACCAAUGUUUCUGCCUUGCAAUUACCGACUGAAAACAGCCCGGAAUUUUCAGCUGGUUUGAAGGUAGAAGUUGAUGAAGCUUUAUUAGGACGAAAUGUUUAUAAUCUUCGAGAAAUUAAGAAAACUGAAGAUGAAAAUGUACAGGAACCACUCAGGUGGUUUGGAAUUCUCGUUCCUCAAAAUCUAAAUUUUGCCCAAAAAAUGUUUAGGCAAGCUUUACAAUGGAGUGUUCAAGCUGUGAAUGUUCAGAAUCAAUUACGAAGUGUUUUACAAAGUAUUUCCAAUUUAAAAGAAGUUAAAACCAAAAAUGCAUCAAGCUAGAUUAUACGUUAUAGAUAUGUAAAUAAUUUAAUAAAUACGAAUAAACCAAUUUAGUUAAUAUAUUUAUUUUUUCAUAUUAGUUUGGUUAAUUAUACAUUAUUUCAGUCAUGUUUACUUUUUAUCUGUAAUGUUAUUAUUUUACUAA